AUGAUACUUUUCGUGAGAAAUUUUAUAGAAAAAGUGCAAAAGCAUGAAACUUUCUACGACACGAUUUGGCUUGGAUACUUCAUUAUAGAGCUUUUCGGCUUGUCGCCUGUGCACCUGUGGGGUUCGAAUAAGACUCCGACCAGCAAGAAAAUCCCGUAUGCGCUCAUGGCUACCCUUGUGAUAGAGAUCGGGGUGUUAUACCUUAACAUUCAUUUGGAUAUUGAUAGCACCAAGACUGAGUCGUUCAUUUUAAGAAAUGGUUUGCGAUGGAUUAUGAUCAUCGGAUCGAUUUUAAUCAUUAUCAUAACGGUGAAAAAUGCUGCGCUGACGAAAAAAUCCGCUGAACUUCUGGUAGCUAUUCAUGAAUUUGAUAUUACGUUGAAAAAUGCUGGGCAUCAAAUUGAUUUGAAGACUCAGUGCCGCUGGUUCAUUUUCAUGACAUUGUUUUCAACAGUAUUUUUUGCAAGCUUUCUCGUACUUUCUGGUGUUCUGAUGUUCUUCGCUAUGAAAAUCACUUCGUUUACUGGACAACAUAUGUUUUACUUCUACGCGUUGCAGUACCGUUUCAAGGCGAUGAACCACUAUAUUUGUGAACUGUUGCCAACAGAGUCGGAGCUGGUAACCAAAUUUCGACGUUUCCAUUUGACGAAGAAUCGUUAUGUACUAACUAAACGUAUACAGCAAUUAGCUGACAUUCAUCAUUGUCUGAUACAGAUCGUCAAUCGAUACAACAAAAACUAUGGACUGCAACUAUUUCUAACACACAUUGGUACCUCAAACAUUACGAUUUUAAGUUGGUUUUCUUUGUAUCGGCUUCUGUUAAGUCCUGAUAUGGACAGCCUCUUCAUUUGGACGACCAACUUUUGCUGGAGUUCGUACUACAUCGUCUAUCAGCUGUUUAUAACGAUUCUGGGUAGUUUAGUGAGUUUAGAGGGCAAGCGAAUGGGUGUAUUGGUUCACAAAGCUCUUGAACUUGUGGUUGAUGAAUACAUUCGGGAGAAGCUUUUACUUUUCUCGAAUCAGCUUUAUCAACGCAACCCAGUGAUCACCAGCGGCAUGAUUGAUUUCAACGCAACUUUAAUAUUCUCGACGAUUGGGGCUAUCACCACCUAUGCUGCCAUUCUGAUUCAGUUUGAUUUCACAAAUAUGAAAACCUGUAUGAAGUUGAUCUCAGAGAUGACCUGA